GUGAGGGGACGCGCGGCCCUACCGCCAACAGCCGCUGGCUGCGCGGCCGGACCGGGGCCGGCUCCGGCCCAGGGAACCCCCCCCGGCGGACCCCGCGCCCACCUUCCUCGCUGAGGCCGCAGUCGCCGAGCGCUACCUCGGCGAAGGGCGCGGCGCCGGACAGCAGCCGGCCCAACGCGCCGCACGUCUCCAGCGACAGGCUCUGUGCCGCCAGGUCCAGGCGGCCGCGGCCCGGCGCCGCGCCGCGCUCCCGCAGCCGCCGCAGCACGGGCUCCUGCGGCGCCGCGCACAGCCGCGCGUAGGCCCGGCGGAACUCCUCCAUGGCCGCGGCGCAGCCCCGCCCGCAGGCGACGCGCGCUUCCGGGGGUGGGGCCGCCAGCGCCAUGGAGCGGGAGGCGCGCGCUGGCGGGUUCCGGAAGGAGACCGUGGACCGGCUGCUCCGCCUCCAUUUCCGGGACGGGAGGACGCGAGUUAACGGCGACGCGCAGCUGCUGAUGGCGGAGAUGCUGAAGGUUUUCGUCCGAGAAGCGGCGGCGCGAGCAGCGCGGCAGGCACACGCCGAGGACCUGGAGAAGGUGGAUGUGGAGCACGUGGAGAAGGUGCUGCCGCAGCUGCUUCUGGAUUUCUAGAGGUCACUGAAGCAUCUGCGUCCUGCCAGCAGAAGAUCCUGGUCUGACAGUGCACAUCUGGCUCACCCCUGGAGUCCAGCUCUAGGAAGAACAGCCUCAACUUUUUCUUUCCCUGCCAUUUCGCUUCUGUUUCCUCUGUCCUCUACCAACAAAGCCCUAGGCGACUGUGCUGUCAGAUGCUGGGUUUGAAACGAGGCUGCCGCACACUUGGUUCGGUCGGCUGAGGCACUGGUUUCCAUCUUGCUCCUUUAGCAGGAGCCUGGUCUGCAGAGCACAGGAAGAUGCUGUUGCUUUCUCAGCUAACGUAAGAAACAGGUGCUGCUUCAAAGAGAUGCAUGGAAAGACUUAAUGGCUGGAAAUGUCAACUAAACUUCAGGCUCUCAUCGCCUCAGCGGGCAGCUGUGGCAGAAACUUUAGGUCCAGCUCCAAGCCUGUCUAAUGAAUAGGUCGUUAACAGGAGCUCAGGCACAGGCUUUUGCCAAAAGCAGGUAACUGAUCUUUAUUUUAUAAAUAAACAGUGUCUGUCCCUCACUACCUUCCAGUAUUUCUGCAGGGCUGUAACAUCAAAGAAUGCUUGGAGCCUUUUAACCAUUUGAUAUUCUCCUCAGAAGCUGCUUCCCCUCUGCUAUAAAUUUGUUCUCACAAAGAAACAUCAAUAAAUUAAAACCGAGUCUCC